AUGGUUGCAUUAUUAGUGGAGAAAAGGAUUGCAUCUUGUGACGAAGAAGAGACUAGUCAUAUAAAUGAAAUUUGUGAUGAUAAAUUGGAAGAGAGUGGUCACAUAAAUGAAACUUGUGAUGAUAAAUUAGAAGAGAGUUGUAACACAAAUGAAGAUGAAGAGCCUAAGGUUGGAAUGAUAUUUAGUUCUCAAGAAGAAGUUACCAAAUAUUACAAGAAUUAUGCUAGGUGUAUGGGUUUUGGAGUUAGUAAAAUCAGUUCAAAAAAUGGAGAUGAUGGAAAAAGAUACUUUACUCUAGGAUGUAGUCGUGCAAGAAGCUACGUGAGUAAUUCAAAAAACCUUUUAAAGCCAAAUCCUAUCACAAAAUCACAAUGUAAGGCUAGAGUAAAUGUGUGUGUGUCUUUAGAUGGAACAGUUACAAUUUCAAGAGUUUCUCUUGAGCAUAAUCAUGAAUUAAGCCCAAGCAAAUCAAGAUAUUUUAGAUGCAACAAGAAUCUAGAUCCUCAUAUAAAAAGAAGGUUGGAGCUUAAUGAUCGAGCUGGGAUAAAUGUAAGCAGAAAUUUUCGGUCUAUGGUUGUUCAAGCGAAUGGGUAUGAUAAUCUUACCUUUGGGGAAAAAGAUUGUAGAAACUACAUAGACAAAUUAAGGAGACUUCGACUUGGGAUAGGAGAUGCUGAAGCUAUUCGAAACUAUUUUGUUGGAAUGCAAAGAAAAAAUAGUCAUUUUUUUUAUGUAAUGGAUGUUGAUGACUCAAGUCAUUUAAGAAAUGUAUUUUGGGCAGAUGCCAGAUGUAGAGCUGCUUAUGAGUAUUUUGGUGAAGUAAUAACAUUUGACACCACUUAUUUAACUAAUAAAUAUGACAUGCCUUUUGCUCCUUUUGUUGGAGUAAAUCAUCACGGUCAAUCAAUUUUGUUAGGUUGUGCCCUAUUGUCGAAUGAAGAUACUGAAACUUUUACUUGGUUGUUCACUACAUGGUUAGCAUGUAUGAAUGGGCGUGCACCAAAUGCUAUAAUUACUGAUCAGGAUAGAGCAAUGAAGAAUGCAAUUGAGGCUGUCUUUCCAAAAGCUCGGCAUCGGUGGUGCUUGUGGCAUAUAAUGAAAAAGGUUCCAGAAAAAUUGGGUAGACACUCUGAUUAUGAGUCUAUCAAAAUACUUUUGCAUGAUGCUGUAUAUGAUUCAUCGAGCAUAAGUGAUUUCAUGGAGAAGUGGGAAAAAAUGAUUGAAAGUUAUGAAUUGCAUGAUAAUGAUUGGUUGAAAGGGUUGUUUGAUGAGCGACAUCGUUGGGCUCCCGUGUAUGUGAGAGACACAUUUUGGGCUGGAAUGUCAACUACACAACGAAGUGAAAGUAUGAACUCAUUUUUUGACGGGUAUGUGAACUCAAAGACAACAUUGAAGCAAUUUGUUGAACAAUAUGAUAAUGCAUUAAAAGAUAAAAUUGAAAAGGAAAACUUGGCUGAUUUCCAUUCGUUCAAUAGAAUUAUUGCUUGUAUAAGUUUUUAUGGAUUUGAGUCACAAUUCCAAAAGGCUUUUACCAAUGCAAAAUUCAAAGAGUUUCAAGCAGAAGUUGGUGCUAUGAUGUAUUGUCGUGCUUCCUUUGAAAGAAUAGAGGGUUUAAGUUCAACAUUUUGUGUUACAGAAAGUAAAAAAGUAUUUGAUAAAGUUAAAAACAUAAUGUUCAUGGUAUCAUUCAAUGAGAAGGACUUUGAAAUACAUUGUACAUGUUGUUUAUUUGAGUUUAAAGGUAUUUUAUGCAGACAUAUCCUUUGUGUUCUUAAUCUCACGGGUAAAACUGAGUCAGUGCCAUCUUCUUAUAUAUUGCCAAGGUGGAGGAAGGAUAUUAAGAGGAGGCAUACACUUAUAAAAUGUAGUUUUGAUCAGUUAGCCGGAAAUGAAGAGUUGCAGCGUGUUAGUAAAGCUUGUGAUGCCUUUUACGAAGUUGCUUCUUUGGGGAUACAAACUGAAGAUGAUCUAUUGAAAGUGAUGAAUUGGAUCAAAGACUUGAAAAUUGAGUUGACAUGUAAACAAAGUCCUCCAGAGGUUAUUGAAAGAGAUAGUUUGGUUCAAAAGCAGAGGAAUAAAAUUCUUGACCCUAAAGAGGCUCGAAGUAAAGGGCGUCCUCCUUUCAAAAGGAAGGCUUCUAAGGUUGAUCAGAUUGUAAAAAAGAAGCUUGUUGGAAAGAAAACUCAAAAAAGAAACAAAAAAAGCAACAAUUAUCAAAGUCAAGAAGAGGGACCUAGUAUAUCUAAAGCUCAAGAUUAUGAAGAUUUUUCUACAUCUCAGAGCAUUGAUCUUAAUGUGAUUGGCACACAAGAGAGCAUUCAAGUAAAUAAAAUUUUAGCUCCCUUCAAUCCAAAUCAAAAAUAUAUUGAUGAUGCUAAUCAGGCUCCAAACUAUUCUCAAAGCAUAAACAGUAAUAUUUCGUAUUCAGAACUUUUACAGGCACAACAUCAUAUAAAUGAUCGCCCAUUAUCAUGA